AUGUUAGCGUCGACUAAUCGACCAGAUGUAUUAGAUAAAGCGUUACUUCGACCUGGCAGAUUUGACCGUCAUAUUCUAAUUGAUUAUCCAACGUUAGAGGAACGUGUUGAGAUUUUAGAAGUUUAUUUGAAAAAGUUGAAAUUGGAAAAAGAUUUCAAGUCGUAUUCAAGACGUUUAGCACAAUUGACACCUGGAAUGAGUGGUGCUGAUCUAGCAAAUAUAUGCAAUGAAGCGGCACUCCAUGCUGCUCGCCUUGGCAAACCUGUUAUUGCAUCAAAUGAUUUUGAAGCAGCUGUUGAACGUGUUAUAGCCGGAAGUGCAAAACAAUCCAAUACAAUGGCUCCAUCUGAAAAACGUACUGUUGCUUAUCACGAAUCUGGUCAUGUCUUAGUUGGAUGGUUAUUAAAAACAACUUGUUUACCAUUAAAAGUUACGAUUGUACCACGUACGGGUCCUGCACUCGGUUUUGCUCAAUAUAUGCCCAAAGAUAAAAAAUUACUGCACGAAGAAGAAUUUGACGAAGAUCUUUGUGUAAUGUUGGCUGGACGGGUUGCUGAACAAAUAAUAUUCAAUACUGUUUCAACUGGUGCACAAGACGAUUUACAACGAGCCACUAAAUUAGCAUAUGCACAAAUAAGACAAUUUGGUAUGAGUAAAACAAUUGGUCUUAUAUCAUUUCCUUCCGAUAGAGACAAUCCAGAAAAAACAGAUUUUGGUGUUAAACCAUAUAGUAAAAAAUUACAACGAAUGAUGGACGAAGAAGCUCAGCAACGUUUAGCCAAUGCAUUUAAAAAAACUGAACGUCUCUUGGAACAAAAUCGAUCAAAACUAGAAACAUUAGCGGAAGAGCUACUCAAACGUGAAACACUUAAUUAUGAUGAUAUUGUGAAAUUAAUUGGACCCUCACCCUAUCCGAAUAAACAGAAGAUUGAUAUUGUGGACUGGGAAGCUGUAAUUACCACGCCUGAUCCAUCAAAAGUUCCACCACCUCCCGAAUCACUUGGUGGAUCAGGUCAAGGACAAGCUGGACAAGGACCGCCACAGACUCCACAUGAAUCUCUUUAA